AACAAAGUGUAUAAAAAACCAAACGCAUGAACCAGAAAAUAUGAUUUUGGGGGUAUUUUGGUCACACACCCAAUCCUCAUGGCCCCAUUAUUCCCGCACGCACAAAUCGUGUGACUCACACGUUUGGUUUCAUAUGCUUCACACACACCCAAUCCCUUCACACGAGUGCCUCUAACCUAAUCUCGCCGGAAAAAAAACAUUUUCCCCCCUUUUUCGGUACCUCCGGCGUCCUUUUUUCUCCGGCGGAUGCUGAUCUCCGGCGACCUCCUCUCUCUCUAGAUCUCUUAUCAUGUUAUUCGCGACGGAGGUGUCGCUAUUGCUAUUGCUAUCGCAACGUCUUUUGCCCUAGCUUUAUGAAGAAGAAGAUGGACAGUUUUGAUGAUGUAAUGAAUCUAUGGUGCUGAUCAUGGAGGGAUUUUUAUAGCAUUUUGAGGGCUUAGUAACACCCUCACACGCUCAGAGUCUGCAAAUAUAUGGAAACAGAAAUGCAGAGGUUCGGGACAAGUGAAGAAGACGAUGAAGACAUGGGGUUGGAUGUGAAAGAAGAAGGUGAGAAUGAUGAAGAUGAUGACGAAAGGAACUCGACACCAUCAAUGGUAGGUGUUGACGGUGGACUUGUUACAUCAAACAGAACCAAUAACAGGUUUCAGCAUCAACAUCAACAUCAACAUCAGCAGCAGUUUCAAGAUCAGUUGACCCCACAAGGAGGUGGUCAGAGACGGUGUAGACCGACAGAAGAAAAGGAGAGAACAAAACUUCGGGAACGGCAACGGAGAGCGAUAACUGCAAAGAUCUUGGCAGGACUUAGAAGACACGGGAAUUAUAAUCUUAGGGUUAGAGCCGAUAUUAAUGAUGUGAUUGCAGCCCUGGCUAGAGAAGCUGGUUGGGUUGUUCUUCCUGAUGGAACCACCUUUCCUUCAAGAUCACAGGGUGUGAGACCUGCUACUGGGGCAUCAACUACGGUGGUAACUUCAUCCACCUCGUUGCCACUGCAGCAGAACCAAGUGGCUUCUCUUAGAGGGAUCUCUUCCACCUGUCAAAUCGGGAUGAAUGACGAGGCAUGCCAAAUGAAGGGUCUCUAUGGUCCUUCAUCUUCUGCUUAUGACACCUCAGCAAGUACUCAUUCACAAUCGUCUCAAAUGCUGGGAGUUGAAGUUGAUGGUCAGGAUGAUCCAAUUAUAGGAGUUUCUGUAGAUACUGUUGGCGGUAGGCAGGUUGACAUGCGGUCAAAGUUACAAGAACGUGAUUUUGCUGGUACUCCUUAUGUUCCUGUUUAUGUAUCACUUCCUUUGGGAUCCAUUAAUAUGAAGUGUGAGCUUGUUGAUCCUGAUAAUCUUCUGAAGCAAUUAAGGAUCUUGAAGUCAAUUAACGUUGAUGGUGUAAUGAUCGACUGUUGGUGGGGCAUAGUGGAAGCACAUGUUCCACAAGAAUACAACUGGAAGGGAUAUAAAAGACUAUUCCAGAUGGCGCGUGAGCUUAAAUUCAAGUUGCAGGUAGUGAUGUCUUUUCAUGAAUGCGGAGGAAAUGUGGGUGAUGACGUGUGUAUACCGCUACCACAUUGGGUGGCUGAGAUCGGUCGAAGCAACCCAGACAUAUUUUUCACAGAUAGAUCCGGAAGACACAACCCAGAGUGUCUCUCAUGGGGGAUUGACAAAGAACGUGUUCUAAGAGGCCGAACAGCUUCAGAGGUUUACUUUGACUACAUGAGAAGCUUUCGGGUUGAAUUUGACGACUACUUUGUAGAUGGAACCAUCUCAAUGAUUGAAAUUGGAUUAGGUCCAUGUGGUGAACUACGAUAUCCAUCUAAUCCUGUAAAGCAUGGUUGGAGAUAUCCAGGUGUUGGUGAAUUUCAGUGUUAUGAUCGGUAUAUGUUGAAGAGCCUGACAAAGGCAGCUGAGUCGCGGGGGCACUCGUUCUGGGCAAGAGGACCGGAAAACGCAGGUUCCUAUAAUUCUCGGCCGCGUGAAACUGGAUUCUUUUGUAAUGGAGGAGAUUACGAUAGCUAUUAUGGCAGGUUCUUCCUCAAUUGGUAUUCUCAGCUUUUGACCAAUCAUGCUGAUCGUGUUCUUUCUCUUGCCAAAUUUGCUUUUGAAGGAACUUUCAUUACCGUAAAGCUACCAGGGAUUCAUUGGUGGUACAAGACCGAAAGUCAUGCUGCCGAGUUAACUGCUGGAUUUUACAACCCAUCUAACCGUGACGGGUAUGCUCCGGUUAUGGAAAUGUUAAAGAAGCACGAGGUUGCGUUAAACUUUACAUUGGCUCAAAUGGGCAUCUCGGAUCCGCACAUGGACUCCUCAGAAGUGCUUGAAGAUCCCGAUGGUUUAGCUUGGCAAGUGAUGAAUGCGGCGUGGGAUUCUUGCAUACCGAUUAUAAGCGAGAAUUCUCUUCCAUGUGUUGAUAAAGUAAGUUAUAAUCAUGUACUUGAGAAGGCUAAGCCUCAGAAUGAUCCAGACGGAAGGCAUUAUUCUGCUUUUACUUACCUUAGACUUGGUCCACUUCUCAUGGAACCUCAUAAUAUUAUGGAGUUCGAACGAUUUAUCAAGAGAAUGCAUGGAGAGGCAGUUCUUGAAAUACAUGCGUAGACCAACGUGACGUCGUUUGGAACACAAGAUGUGCAUUAUUAUAUAUACUAACCCGAUCACAGUGGGAAACUCCGGUCCUAUUUUGUGUUGCUGUAAAUGUGAAUACAAGUGUAGAAAUCCAGGUCUACUCGAAGAAACAGAAGGUAUAUUAAUUAGUGAGUUUAGUGGCUUAUUAAUGAUAGUGACAUUUGAGAUUAUUUGUCGAUACACUUGAAAUUUGCAGAAAUUAAAUGAGAUUUCAGCUUAUUUAUGUUC